CUCCUACCCAUGGAGCAGGCAGCCACCAUGACUGAGUCCCGGGGUCCCCUAGACCAUGGAGUCCAGAUUCGCUUCAUCACAGAGUCAGUGGGUAAUGCCGAGACCGGUACUCUACGCCGAGGUGGGCGACGGCCAGCCAAGGAUGCAAGAGCCAGCUCCUAUGGGGUUGCUGUGCGAGUGCAGGGCAUUGCUGGACAGCCCUUUGUGGUGCUCAACAGUGGGGAGAAGGGUGGUGACUCCUUUGGGGUCCAAAUCAAGGGGUCCAACAACCGAGGAGCUCCCGGAGCCCUGAACUCUGACUCAGAAUUUCCUGAGAACCCUUACUCUCAGGCCAGGGGGUUUCUUGCCCCCUCGCAGGGCAGCACAUCUGAUGAGGAGCCUGGGGCCUGCUGGAAUGGAAGGCUACUCCGCUCCCAGUCUCAGGCCUCCCUGGUAGACCCUGCCCCUAUAGCUCCAAGCAAUAGGAGCACUAGCCUGCUGGAAUUAGCCCCCCAGGGGGCACCCCCAGGAAGCACCAUUGACACUGCACCUCUGUCUUCAGUGGAUUCACUCAUCAACAAGUUUGACAGUCACCUUGGGGGCCAGGCCAGGGGCCGGACUGGCCGCCGUACACGGACGCUGCCCCGGGAACAGCGCAAGAGAAGUCAGAGCCUGGACAGCCGGCUCCCACGGGACAUCCAUGAAGAGCGGGAGCACCGCCAGUCCCCCAAUCACCUGUCCCCAAGCAGAAACUAUGACAACCAUGUGGGCAGCUCAAAACAGCAGGCCCAGAGCCAGAGCCCUCUCAGUAGCUUUAGCCGUUCCCGACAGACCCAGGAUUGGGUCCUUCAGAGCUUUGAGGAGUCACGUGGGAAAGCACAGGAGCCUGCCAUACUGCAGUUUAAAUCCACCCCAGACCUUCUCCGAGACCAGCAGGAGGCAGCCCCACCAGGCACUGUGGACCAUGUAAAGGCCAUCAUCUAUGGCAUCCUGAGGGAGGGAAGUUCAGAAAGUGAAACCUCUGUGAGGAGGAAGGUCAGUUUGGUGCUGGAGCAGAUGCAGCCUCUGGUGAUGGCCUCUCCUGGUUCUGUUAAGGCUUUGACAGGGCAGGGGGACCUCACCCGAAAAGUGGAGGAGCUACAGCAAAAGCUGGAUGAAGAAGUGAAGAAGCGGCAGAAGCUUGAGCCAUCCCGUGUGGUGCUGGAGCGGCAGCUGGAGGAGAAGGCAGAGGAGUGUAGCCGGCUGCAGGAGCUGCUGGAGAGGAGAAAGGGGGAGGCCCAGCAGAGCACCAAGGAGCUUCAGAACACUAAGCUCCUCCUGGACCAGGGUGAACGAAUACGGCUUGGACUGCAGACCCAGGUGAUGGAACUUCAGAGCAAGCUGAAACAGGCCCAGGGUUCUGAGCCUGCGAAGGAUGUGCUGAUGAAGGACCUGAUAGAGACCCGGGAGCUUCUAGAAGAGGUCUUGGAGGGGAAGCAGCGGAUAGAAGAACAGCUCAGGCAGCGGGAGCGGGAGUUGACGGCCCUGAAGGGGGCCCUGAAGGAGGAGGUGGCCUCCCGUGAUCAGGAGGUGGAACAUGUCCGGCAGCAGUAUCAGCGAGACACAGAACAGCUUCGUCGGAGCAUGCAGGAUGCAACCCAGGACCAUGCAGCAUUGGAGGCUGAGAGGCAGAAGAUAUCAGCGCUGGUGCGAGGGCUGCAGAGGGAGUUGGAGGAGAGCUCAGAGGAGACAGGGCAUUGGCAGAGCAUGUUCCAGAAGAACAAGGAGGAGCUUAGAGCCACCAAGCAGGAACUCCUGCAGCUGCGGAUGGAGAAGGAGGAGCUGGAAGAGGAGCUUGGGGAGAAGACAGAGGCCUUGCAGAGGGAGUUAACGCAGGCCCGAGCUGGUGCUGGGGAUACUCACCAGCUAGAGGAACUCAAGAAGGAGCUGCGCCAGACACAGGAGGAGUUGCAGAAGCUGCAAACAGAGCGGCAGAGCCAGGAGAUGGCUGGGCGACACCGCGAACGGGAGUUGGAAAAACAGCUGGGAGUUCUGAGGGUCGAGGCUGACCAGGGCCGGGAACUGGAACAGCAGAACCUACAGCUACAGAAGACCCUCCAGCAGCUGAAACAGGACUGUGAAGAGGCUUCCAAGGCUAAGAUGGCAGCAGAGGCAGAGGCAUCAGUGCUGGGGCAGCGUCGGACAGCAGUGGAAACAACGCUUCGGGAGACCCAGGAGGAAAAUGACGAAUUCCGUCGGCGCAUCCUGGGUCUGGAGCAGCAGCUGAAGGAGACACGAGGCUUGGCGGAGGGCAGGGAAGGGGUGGAGGCGCGACUUCGAGACAAGGUGCAGCGGCUGGAGGCAGAGAAGCAGAAGCUAGAAGAGACCCUGAACACAGCUCAGGAAGAGGAAGGGAGCCUAGCAGCAGCCAAGCGAGCUCUGGAGGCCCGGCUGGAGGAGGCUCAGCGGGGGCUGGCCCGCCUGGGGCAAGAGCGGCAGGCACUGAACCGGGCUCUAGAGGAGGAGAGCAAGCAGCGUGAGGCACUCCGGCGUGGCAAGGCUGAGCUGGAAGAACAGAAACAUCUGCUGGACAGGACCGUGGACAGACUAAACAAGGAGCUGGAGCAGAUAGGGGGCGACUCUAAGCAAGCCCUGCGGCAGCUCCAGGCCCAACUAGAGGAUUACAAGGAAAAGGCUCGGCGGGAGGUGGCAGAUGCCCAGCGCCAGGCCAAGGACUGGGCCAGUGAGGUUGAGAAGACCUCUGGGGGCCUGAGCCAGCUUCAGGAUGAGACCCAGAGGCUGCGGCAGGCCCUGCAGGCAUCCCAGGCUGAGCGGGACACUGCCCAGCUGGACAAGGAACUGCUGGCCCAGCGGCUGCAGGGGCUGGAACAAGAGGCAGAAAAUAAAAAGCGUUCCCAGGAUGAUAGGACCCGGCAACUGAAGGGCCUCGAGGAAAAAGUUUCACGGCUAGAAGCAGAGUUAGAUGAAGAGAAAAACACUGUGGAGCUGCUGACGGACCGGGUAAAUCGUGGCCGGGACCAGGUGGACCAGCUGAGGACAGAACUCAUGCAUGAGAGGUCUGCUCGACAGGACCUGGAGUGUGACAAAAUCUCCCUGGAGAGACAGAACAAGGACUUGAAGAGCCGGUUGGCCAGCUCAGAAGGCUUCCAGAAGCCCAACGCCAGCCUUUCCCAGCUUGAGUCCCACAACAAGGAGUUGCAGGAACGGCUGCAGGCUGAGGAGAGGGAGAAGUCGGUUCUGCAGUCCAGCAACCGAAAACUGGAGCGGAGAGUUAAAGAGCUGUCUAUCCAAAUUGAUGAUGAGCGGCAGCACGUCAAUGACCAGAAAGACCAGCUAAGCCUGCGGGUAAAGGCUUUGAAGCGGCAGGUGGAUGAAGCCGAAGAGGAAAUUGAGCGGCUGGAUAGCCUGCGGAAGAAGGCCCAGCGUGAGCUGGAGGAGCAACACGAAGUCAAUGAACAGCUCCAGGCUCGGAUCAAAAGCCUAGAAAAGGACUCCUGGCGUAAAGCAUCUCGCUCAGCUGCUGAGACAACGCUCAAACAUGAAGGACUGAGUUCAGAUGAAGAAUUUGACAGUGUCUAUGACCCCUCAUCUAUAACGUCACUGCUUACUGAGAGCAACCUGCAGACCAGCUCCUGUUAG